AUCACCUAGUGCGAGAGUUACAUAACAUUAUUCAUCUACCCAUACAUGUAUGGAUAUUUUAAUUCCUAAUGUGGCUCAUGAAUCCCAAGUCAAACACGGAUAAGAUCUUUUUAUCUCACACAAGCGUAUGAGCUGACCUCUGCAUUGGUUGAACAUUAUUAUAAAAUUUUGAUAAUCCAAACAGAUCUAUGGCACUAUAAACUAAUUACUCAUCCAACAAAUUGAGAAUACUAGAUCUAUCAUGGCUUCAGCUUCUUCUUUACCGCUUGAUGGCAGGGUAGCAAUAGUAACGGGAGCUUCGCGUGGAAUUGGUCGUGCAAUCGCAGUUCACCUCCACUCCCUGGGUGCCAAGCUCGUCAUCAAUUAUGCUUCCAACUCAAAUCUAGCUGAUACAUUAGCGUCUGAGCUCAAUUCCAAGGCCAGUUCUUCUCCGGUAACAGUUGCAGUUAAAGCCGACGUAUCAAAAUCGGAAGAUGUUGAGGCACUGUUUGAUCAAGCUGAAAAGGAAUUUGGAUGUGAGGCCCAUAUCCUUGUGAACUGUGCAGGGGUGUCGGAUCCAAAGUACCCAACACUAGCCAAUACAACGAUUGAGGACUUCGACUCUGUGAUUAAUGUGAAUACAAGGGGAGCUUUUCUGUGUUGUCGAGAGGCAGCAAACCGAUUGACGCGUAAAGGCGGUGGAAGAAUAAUUACGAUCUCGACAUCAGUAGUCGGAGCAUCACUUCCUGGUUACUCAGCUUAUGCGGCUUCUAAGGCUGCCGUAGAGACUAUGACAAAGAUUAUGGCCAAGGAGUUGAAAGGUAGUGGUAUAACUGCAAAUUGUGUUGCACCUGGGCCGGUGGCAACCGAGCUUUUCUUCGCCGGUAAAACUGAAGAAACUGUUAAGAGACUUGUGGAUUCUUGUCCUCUUGGUCGAUUAGGUGAGCCGAAAGAUAUAGCUCAACUUGUUGGAUUUUUGGUCACUGAUGCCGGAGAGUGGGUCAAUGGUCAACUCAUUCGUGCUAAUGGUGGAUUUGUGGUUUGAUUAUCGAUGUUUUUCUCCCGUAGCCUCUGUGUGUUACCCUUAGGAAAAAUAAAAAGUUUCGCUCUAUUUCGUGUAACGAAAAUAUAUUAUUGCUCGUGAUAAUUUAUUCCAUGUGUUGUUGAAUUC